GCAGUGGACAGGGCAGGGCCAAAGAAAGUCUGGCACGGAUGGAGCAAGCAGAGGUGCAGCUCGAGGGAGGUGUUCACCCCGCCUGACCCCCUCUCACUGCUUAAUGGGAUCUGGCGCUGAAGUCUGGUGAGGGUGCCAUUGUUAUCUAGCCAACUGCCUCAUUUCUUUCAGUUUUAGGUUUUCUCAUCCAUAUACAUAUAAUUCCACCAUCUUGGAUUUAUGUUGGGAAUGAGUACAAGAGACCAAACAUUAAUUUAAUGCCUUCUAUAUACCAAGUCUUGUUCUGAGCAUUUAUUAACUUAGUGAUUAUUUUCAAGGACCUGUGAGAUUGAUACUAUUAAUAUCCCCAUUUUACAGACGAGCAAAUGAGCAAAUUGAGGUUAUGGCACUGACCCAAGAUUACUCAGCCAGGAAGUGGCUGAGGCAGGAUUUGUACCCCAAACCUCUGGCUGCAGAAGUCUGUGAUUUAAACCACUGAGUAUACAAGAGCAAGUCAUGGAGAAGGCAUGUAGUAGGCACACAAUCAAUUUAGGUCCUUUCACAGUUCCUGGAGCGUCAAGAGCACCCAGUUCCUCCCUGCUUUCACUUGCUCCCAUUGCCCAUCUGUCCCGGGCCACUCCUGCAGCCCUGCCCUGCCCAACCUCCCUGACCUUACCCUCUCUCUGCUAACAAAGGUCCAGGUAGAGUUUUAUGGGCUCUGAUAAGGCACUGGCAGGGCCAAAGUUCACUAGCACUUCCUCUUUGCAGAAUGUUCUAGAGGAGGGGUCCCUGACCUGAGUCCCCCCAGGCCUGGCCCAAUGAUCUGGGCUCUGACAGGUUACCACUGAGGUUGGUGAGAGAAGGGAGACCAGAGGGUAUGUUAGAAGAAGAUGUGAGCCUGGGAUGCUCAGAAGAGGGGCCCCAUGAACCCUGCCCUGCCUGCCACUCCCUUUUCCUCGGGUAUAAAAGCCGCUACCACCCAGCAUCUGUCACCAUUUCCCACUCCUGCAGCUCUUCUCACAGGACGAGCCACCAGCCCAGACUCUCAAGAUGGCCUUUGUCCCUGCACCCGGCUACCAGCCCACCUACAACCCGACUCUGCCCUACAACAAGCCCAUCCCUGGAGGUCUCAGCGUGGGAAUGUCCAUUUACAUCCAAGGAGUGGCUAGCGAGCAUAUGAAAAGGUUCUCCGUGAACUUCGUGGCGGGACAGGGCCCUGGGGCCGACAUCGCCUUCCACUUCAAUCCCCGUUUUGAUGGCUGGGACAAGGUGGUCUUCAAUUCGCAGCAGGGCGGCCAGUGGGGCAGUGAGGAGAAGAAAAGGAGCAUGCCCUUCCGCAAGGGCACCCCCUUCGAGCUGGUGUUCAUGGUCCUGCCAGAGCACUACAAGGUGGUGAUAAAUGGAAAUCCAUUCUAUGAGUUUGGGCACCGGAUCCCUCUACAGAUGGUCACUCACCUGCAAGUGGAUGGGGACCUGGAGCUUCAAUCAAUCAAUUUCAUCGGAGGCCAGCCAGCCCCAAGCCAGGGUUCUGGAUGCAUGCCUCCGCAGAGUAACCUGCCUACCAUGGAGGGACCCCCAAUCUUCAACCCGACUGUGCCAUUUAUGGGAAAACUGCAAGGGGGGCUUACAGCCCGAAAAACCAUCAUAGUCAAGGGCUACGUGCCUCCCACAGGCAAGAGCUUUGCCAUCAACUUCAAGGUGGGAUCGUCCGGAGACGUGGCUCUCCACAUUAACCCCCGCCUGACCGAGGACACCGUGGUUCGGAACAGCUAUCUGAACGGCUCAUGGGGAUCCGAGGAGAAGAAGAUCUCCUACAACCCGUUUGGUCGUGGCCAGUACUUUGAUCUGUCCAUUCGUUGCGGCAUCGAUCGUUUCAAGAUUUAUGGCAAUGGCCAGCACCUCUUUGACUUCUCCCAUCGCCUUUCAGCCUUCCAGAGGGUGGACAUUCUGGAGAUUGAGGGUGAUAUCACCUUGUCCUAUGUCCAGAUCUGAUCUAUUCCUGGGAGCACACAGAGAAAGAUCCCAUAAGACUCCAUUUUAAGCUUCUAAUAAACUAUCUGAGGGUGUCUAA